CUCUGCUACUAACUUGAACUUAUUCAAUCUAUUACCUUAGAAAGGUAACCCACUAUCAACAUGGCUCCCCUCAAGCGCAUUACCUAUCCUUUUGCUUCUUAUUCACCACCUCCAUCAUCACCCCUUGCAACACCGCCACCUCCAAAGGCAAAACCACCUCCUCCCUCAAUUCCUCCACCAUCUCCAAUAGUUAAAGCACCGCCACCUCCGAAGACGAAACCACCUCCUCCCUCAAUUCCUCCACCAUCUCCAAUAGUUAAAGCACCGCCACCUCCGAAGACGAAACCACCUCCUCCCUCAAUUCCUCCACCAUCUCCAAUAGUUAAAGCACCGCCACCUCCGAAGACGAAACCACCUCCUCCCUCAAUUCCUCCACCAUCUCCAAUAGUUAAAGCACCGCCACCUCCGACGAGGAAACCACCUCCUCCCUCAAUUCCUCCACCAUCUCCAAUAGUUAGAGCGCCACCACCACCAUCUCAUCAUAUGUUUCCACCACCUCCUCAUGUUGUUCCAACGCCACCUCCGCCGCCAUCACCGCCGGGGCACCACACUACCAUUGUAAUAAUCGUGUUUGUAGCAUUUGGUGGUCUCUUCUUCCUUACCUGCCUCGCAGUUGCUUUGUGUUGCUUCUUGAAGAAGAAGAAGAAGAAGAAGGAGGAGGUUGAAGAAACUGAUAUCGUAAAUGUGGAUGAACAUAUCAAGAUCCAAGAAGCCAUUGUACCCGGCCCCCAUGGAACUCAAAUAAUGCUAAAAACUGUGGAGGAGGACGUGCAUGUACAAGAAGAGAUUAAGAACAAAGAAAAGGUUGAAGAAGGAGCCCACUCCCACUCUCACUCUCACUCCCACACCCACACCCACAUUAGCAGUGCAGAUGGAGAAGGAGAGAGCCUUUCUCGAGAAAUUGAGGCUGGGCCAUCCUCUCACAGUACCAUCGAAUCCCAUCUUCAGCAGAAACUCUGAUUACUAGUUAUUUGCGGCCAGGCAAGGGCAUUGGGCAAGGUUGCUAUUAGAUUCUUACAAUUAAUUACCUAUUUUCAGUUUUUACAAGAAUAAUAUUCACUUUCAAAGAAAUAAUUUGAUUGAAUAAACAGAGGGUUUUUUUUCUUA